AUGUCUAAAACGCGUCACGUAAACAAGAGAAUUAAGGAAUUCGUGCUUCCUUUUUUACCUAAAGGGAUGAACAGCUACUUUUCAUCUGUCCCUUUCGUAACGUGCAAGAUCAUUGAAUUUUUGCGUCAGCUUGAUUUGGAACAAAAUCUAACGAGUGCUGAACGGGAAUCGAUCCACAGAGAAAUCGCAAGAAGUUUGGAGACAUUGCGAGAGAACCGGGUUCUACCACAAUUUGCUAGGGAUCACGCGAAAAAGCUGAACAAAGAACUAUCUUCCAAGGUAGUCGCGUCAUUCUGGGAUUUAAUAUUAGAACGUGAGAAACAUCCUGUUACCAUGGAACAUGAUUGCACGCUACUACAACAAGUUCGAGAAAAACAUGUCGCAAUAAGUAUCGCUGACGUUGUUAGAGUGCAACGAAAUAAUGAAGCUGAUGAAAUGUUUACAACUGCCAUAGAAAAUUUGGUGAGAAUAUUGGAACGGGCAUUCGUCGAUAAUAUAUGGACUAGGUUUAAUGGAAAUAAAUUAUCAAAUGGAAGCGAGUGGAAAACGUACGUAUGCAGACUCUCAAAACCCCAACAAUCGAGUGGAUGCAAAGUUGGUGUCCUCCCCGACAAACUUCGAACAACUUGGAAGCAUUCUCCAAUUGAGUGUGAGGCUAGGAUUAAAAUCACUUGGUUUGCGGACAAGAUCCAAAUUGAAAAUUAUAAAGAUUCCCCUACUCACUCUCAUUUAAUUGAAGAAAGUGACAUAUGA